GCUGAAUAAUCCUUUGUAGGGUAUCAAUCAUUAAAAAGGGGGGAAUUCUCAGCAAUGGAAAGACGUUCCAUUUCCAUUCCGAGGGUAUCAAUGAAUCACGUUUUCCUGCUACAAACAUAAAAUAAACCGAUGACAAGUGCUUUAAGAUUUCAUGUUUUCCUAAUUUCUUACUUAAUUGUUGUCAUCGAAACGAGAGAAUUCAUACGGAAAAUUUCCAUAGCAAUCGACAAUAUCAUUCAACACGUUUCUUAACAUUCUUUCGGAAGAACUUUGGAACCACACUGAGACAAAUAAGCAGAGAGAUGCUCUUUGCUCUCUACGUCGGUGAUAAACUUUUUCUUCCUACAGUUCAUUCAUAAAUUUCAUGUCAUUUUCAAUAAUAAAACGGAGUUUGAAAUGUUUCUUUUUUUUCUUUUUUAAUUUAUCAAACGAGUGAGAUAU